CAGCAGCCAGGCAGAGCUGCCAGAGUGAAGCUGCACUGAGAAACAGAGCAGAGCCUUUUGCAUUAGCCCGCCACACUGUUUCAGAAAGCUACCUUGGUGGAUAGAGAGGCAGAUGGAAAAGAACUGAACGAAGGUUGCAGCACAACUGAGAAUCACAACUCCUUCUCUGUCACCAUGGAAACCACUGAACAAUCAGAGCCGGCAAUGGACUGUGAAGUGGAGGUUGCUGUGGCUGAUUCACCUGAGCAGGGGAAGGAUUGCAGUGCAGAAGAUGAGCCAGUUUGUUUAGAGACAGACUUUGCAGAUUUCCCAGGUGAAAUAGCGAUGCUUGACAAAUUAUUAACUGACCUGCCAACCGACACGAUUAAGAUCGACAAGCCUGACUGUGAAGAGACCAGUGUUUGCACAGAAAUGCCUUGUCAAGAUCAAAAGGAGGCGUUGACAUUACAAUCAGUGCAUGAAGAGCUCAACAGAAAUGAGUCAAUCACCUCAUCUGUGUCUGACACACUCUCCAGUGCUGAUAGUGUUUAUGAAAAUGAGGCCCAUCGUAAGAGGCAGGACAUGCCAGAACAAGAUCCUGAACAAGAACAAGUCCCCGAGCCAGAGCAAUUCCCCGAGCCAGAGCAAUUCCCUGAGCCAGAGCAAUUCCCCGAGCCAGAGCAAUUCCCUGAGCCAGAGCAAUUCCCCGAGCCAGAGCAAUUCCCCGAGCCAGAGCAAUUCCCCGAGGCAGAGCAAUACCUUGAGCCAGAGCAAUACCUUGAGCCAGAGCAAUUCCCUGAGGCAGAGCAAUUCCCCGAGGCAGAGCAAUUCCCCGAGGCAGAGCAAUUCCCCGAGGAAGAGCAAUUCCCCGAGGCAGAGCAAUUCCCCUGAGGCAGAGCAAUUCCCCGAGGCAGAGCAAUACCCUGAGGCAGAGCAAUACCCUGAGGCAGAGCAAUACCCUGAGGCAGAGCAAUACCUUGAGGCAGAGCAAUACCUUGAGGCAGAGCAAGAUCCUGAACGAGAACAAUGCCAUGAACAAGAGGAAGACUUUGGACUGGGGCAGUACCCUGAGCCAGAACAACACCCUGAACCAGACCGGUACCCUGAGCCGGAGCAAUACCCUGAGCUAGAGUUAUACCCGGAGCCUGAGGCUGAGUAUAAUGAGCUUAAUCUGGAAGAUGAUGGUUAUCAAAAUGUGGCAAUAGACACAGAGGAAGACCCAGAGGCCUGUGACAUCCUAUUUGAACCACCCAUUACAGAGGAGUCGAUAUUAGAGCAGUGUAUUAGAGAAGAGGCAAUG